AUGGAGGUACUUGGAGGCGAAUUUUGUAAUAUGUCCCAGCAGGAACUGGCUGCUCCUGUCAACACUGUAGAGGAAAAAUGGAAACUGCUGCCUGCCUUCUUAAAGGUGAAAGGCUUGGUUAAGCAGCACAUUGAUUCCUUCAAUUAUUUCAUCAAUGUAGAGAUCAAGAAAAUCAUGAGUGCCAACGAAAAGAUAACAAGUGACGCGGACCCAAUGUGGUACAUCAAGUACCUCAAUAUCUACAUUGGCAUGCCUGAUGUGGAAGAGAGCUUCAAUGUUACCCGGCCAGUCUCGCCUCAUGAGUGUCGUCUUCGAGACAUGACCUACUCGGCACCUAUCACUGUGGACAUCGAGUACACACGUGGCAGUCAGAGAAUCAUCCGCAAUGCUUUGCCUAUUGGAAGGAUGCCCAUUAUGUUACGGAGCUCCAAUUGUGUCUUGACAGGAAAGACACCCUUGGAGUUCUCCAAACUGAACGAAUGCCCCCUGGAUCCAGGAGGCUAUUUCAUUGUAAAAGGUCAAGAAAAAGUCAUUCUGAUCCAGGAGCAGCUGUCCAAAAACAGGAUCAUUGUGGAGCAGGACAGGAAAGGUGCAGUGGGAGCCUCAGUCACCAGUUCCACUCACGAGAAGAAAAGUAGAACAAACAUGAUCAUGAAACAAGGACGAUUCUACUUGAAGCACAACACGUUGACGGAAGAUGCUCCCAUCGCCAUUAUAUUCAAGGGAAUGGGUGUGGAGAGUGACCAGGAGAUCGUACAGAUGAUUGGUACUGAGGAGCAUGUGAUGGCUAGCUUUGCCCCAAGCUUGGAAGAGUGUCAGAAAGCACAAAUAUUCACACAAACCCAGGCUCUGAGGUACCUUGGUAAUAAAGUCCGCAGGCAGCGCAUGUGGGGAGGACCUAAGAAAACCAAAAUGGAGGAGGCCAGGGAACUACUGGCAUCGUUGAUUCUCACACACGUGCCUGUCAAAGAGUUUAACUUCAGGGCCAAAUGUAUAUAUUUGGCCGUGAUGGUACGCAGGGUGAUCCUAGCACAAGGGGACAACAAGGUGGACGACAGAGAUUACUAUGGCAACAAACGUCUGGAGUUGGCUGGACAGCUUCUAUCUCUACUUUUUGAAGACCUGUUCAAAAAGUUCAACUCUGAACUGAAGAAGAUAGCCGACCAGAUCAUACCCAAACAACGGGCAGCACAGUUCGAUGUGGUCAAGCACAUGAGACAGGACCAGAUCACAAAUGGCAUGAUUAAUGCCAUUUCCACUGGCAACUGGUCCCUGAAGAGAUUCAAGAUGGACCGUCAGGGGGUGACGCAGGUCUUGUCUCGCCUUUCUUACAUUUCAGCCCUGGGCAUGAUGACCCGGAUCUCCUCCCAGUUCGAGAAGACCCGUAAGGUUAGCGGCCCCCGUUCCUUGCAGCCCUCACAGUGGGGCAUGCUGUGCCCGUCCGACACACCCGAAGGAGAGGCCUGUGGGUUGGUGAAAAACCUGGCCCUGAUGACACACAUCACCACCGACAUGGAGGAUAGUCCCAUAAUCAAGCUGGCCUUCAAUCUGGGUGUGGAGGAUGUCAACUUGCUGUGUGGAGAGGAGCUGGCUUACCCCACUGUCUUCCUUGUCUUCCUCAAUGGAAACAUUCUCGGCGUCAUUCGGGAUCAUCAAAAGCUAGUCAGCACCUUCAGGCUGAUGCGCAGGGCGGGGUUCAUCAACGAGUUUGUGUCCAUUUCCACUAAUAUGGCUGACCGAUGUGUGUACAUCUCAUCGGAUGGAGGCCGCCUUUGCAGACCAUACAUCAUAGUGAAAAAGGGUCAACCCAUGGUCAAAAACAAACACAUCGAGGAUCUGUCGCAAGGUUACAGAUCCUUUGAGGACUUCCUUCACGAAGGUCUGGUGGAGUACCUGGAUGUCAACGAGGAGAACGACUGUCAAAUUGCCCUUUAUGAGUACAUGAUACACAAAGACACAACACACUUGGAAAUCGAGCCCUUCACGCUACUUGGGGUGUGUGCCGGCCUCAUUCCCUACCCCCACCACAACCAGUCGCCCAGGAACACAUACCAGUGCGCUAUGGGCAAGCAAGCCAUGGGUACGAUCGGGUACAACCAGAGGAACCGCAUCGACACGCUGAUGUAUUUGCUGGCGUACCCCCAGAGGCCCAUGGUCAAAACCAAAACCAUUGAGCUGAUUGACUUUGAGAAGCUUCCUGCUGGUCAGAACGCCACCGUGGCAGUGAUGAGCUACAGCGGCUAUGACAUUGAGGACGCCCUCGUCCUCAACAAAGCGUCGCUUGACCGAGGCUUUGGUCGUUGUCUGGUGUACAAAAAUAGCAAGUGCACACUGCGACGCUACACCAACCAAACCUUUGACAAGGUGCUGGGCCCCAUGUUGGAUGCCAGCACUAGAAAGCCCGUCUGGAAGCACAAAAUCCUGGAUGCUGACGGGAUCUGCUCUCCGGGUGAGCGAGUUGAGAACAAGCAGGUGCUGGUAAAUAAAUCCAUGCCGACCGUCACACAGACACCACUGGAGGGCAGCACCCAACCAGGACAGCCACAAUACAGGGACGUGCCCAUCAGCUACAAGGGCUCAACGGAUUCAUAUAUCGAGAAGGUCAUGAUCUCGUCCAAUGCCGAAGAUGCCUUCCUUAUCAAGAUUCUCCUCAGGCAGACCAGGAGGCCCGAGAUCGGAGACAAGUUCAGCAGUCGACACGGACAGAAAGGUGUUUGUGGCCUCAUCGUCCCCCAAGAAGACAUGCCUUUCUGUGACACGGGCAUUUGUCCCGACAUCAUCAUGAACCCACAUGGCUAUCCUUCCAGAAUGACAGUGGGGAAACUCAUUGAGCUGCUGGCCGGCAAGGCAGGAGUGCUGGACGGACGCUUCCACUACGGGACGGCUUUUGGUGGCAGCAAAGUGAAGGAUGUGUGUGAGGACUUGAUCCGCUAUGGAUACAAUUACCAAGGGAAGGACUAUGUCACUUCAGGCAUCACUGGUGAGCCUCUGGAGGCGUACAUCUACUUUGGCCCAGUGUAUUACCAAAAACUGAAGCACAUGGUCUUGGACAAGAUGCAUGCAAGGGCACGGGGUCCCCGAGCUGUUCUGACCAGGCAACCAACAGAGGGUCGUUCCAGAGACGGUGGUCUGCGUCUGGGUGAGAUGGAACGCGACUGUCUGAUUGGUUAUGGCGCCAGCAUGUUGCUGCUGGAGCGUCUCAUGAUCUCCAGUGAUGCUUUUGAAGUAGACGUGUGCGGACAGUGUGGCCUUUUGGGAUACUCUGGAUGGUGUCACUACUGCAAGUCUUCAUGUCACGUGUCAUCGCUACGUAUUCCCUAUGCUUGCAAACUGCUUUUCCAGGAGUUGCAGUCCAUGAACAUCAUCCCCCGUCUCAAACUGUCGCGCUACAACGAGUGA